AUGUACAACAAAGGCAACAGCAAUUCUAGUUCUUCCGCAACAACAACGGCUACCUCGACCACAACGGCCACCAGCUCCUCCGCCGUCCCCGCAACAAUCAACAACAGUUCGUCGGUGACGGGACCUAAUGAUCGCAUUGAAUGGUCACGUGCCACUAUUUUGGGAUUUAUCGAAGACUAUCGUCGACAAAGAGUUCUCUGGGACCCCAACACCAAGGGCUACCACAUCAAACAGACCAAAUAUGAGGCUCUCAAAGCGUUGGGCCAGAAAUACGGUGCCGAGAUUCGUUCAAUUCGAUCCAAAAUCAAAAGCCUUCGUUCCUCCUUCCAUCGGGAGCAUGGCAAGGUUAUUAAUGGCCGCCGCAAGGGUCUGAACUAUCAGCCCAUGUGGUUUGCCUACGAUGCCAUACGUUUUAUUUUGGAUGGUGAAACGGGAGACUCGGACGAAGCCGAUGGAGUACCGAAAAACGACAAUCUGGAUAGCACAAGUGAAAGCAACCUGAACAACAACAACAGUCUCACGAAUAACAACAACAGCAGCAUUAACAGCCUAAUGGGCUGGAGUGGUCAUGCGACCGAUGAGGAACAACUAUUGGAGGAGCGUAAAAUUUCUAGUCGUGACAUUGAGCAUUUCAAUAAUCAUUUCUUGGCACUGGGCUUGCAAGCUCGUCAUCCCAUGGCAGUGUUGGCGGCAGUGGAAGCAGCAGCAGCGGCCUCUGCUCUCUCUGCGGCAGCUCAAGAGAAACGUCAAGAGCAAGAUUAUGCUCUACUCAAGCAACAACAACAGCUGCUACAGCAACAACAUAAACACAAGUCUGAUAACGACGAUGACAAUAGCGAAAAUGGCCAUAAACAUGACAGCUCUCCGUCUCCAUCGCCGCUAAAAAUUAUCGAAUUAUCCACCAUCAGCAAUAAUAAUAGCAACAACAACAACGGCAGUAGCAAUGUCAACAUUAUGUCGUCUUCUAGCAAUGCGAACACCUCCGCCGCCUCCUCCUCCAACACCGCUGCUGCAACGCUCAAUCCAAUUUCGAAACCCUUUGCAAGUCCAAAACCUUCGUCACCAUUAGCUGGAGCUCCAACAACAAUAGCAACAAAAACCACAAGUGCCACGGCCAUCACACCACCACCUCAAACCUUGCAGCCACCAGCGCAAUCUCAACAACAACAACAGCACCACCACCAGCUAUCCUCAACGACAUCGUCGUCGUCGGUGACGGUGACAGCGGCCACUACGUGCUCCCCAGAAAAUUAUAAUGUUUUACACGGAUCACGUAGCUUAGAUGAAAAUUCAGCCAUUGCUAUUGGCAACAAUGCUGCUGCCGCCGCGACUGCAAUUUCCAGUCUUCCGAUAACGGCUGUGACACGUACCUCCGAUUUCGAUGGCAGCGAAUACUGCAAUAUCAGCGCUGAGGAUGUUAAAACCGAAAUUUUUGAAAGUGAUUCCAACGACUUGGCUAUGCUUGAGAGCACACGCACUUCCACUCCGGUACCACUGAAUUAUCACAAAAAUGCCACUGACUUGACAAUGCAACGCAAUGUUAACGGCACCGGCUCCAGCAAUGACAAUCCUCUAGGUGGUGUUACUGGUGGCAUCAACUCGAGCACCACCACUAGCAGCAGUCGCAAACGUAAAGCUCAUAUCCAUUCGAAUGCAAAUCAUACCAUGGAUGGUGAUGCACCAUCCCCCUCUAAAUUAUUACAACAACAUUCCAAUGCUAUACACUCCAGACAAUGUGAUUAUUUGAACAGCAGCAUAAAUGGCGGAGCAGGAUUCUCGGCCAAUAAUAUCAGCAACAGCAAUAACAGUCAUCAUCAUCAUCAUAAUGCCUCCAACAACAGUGCCGGGGGCUCGAAUCCAUCGGCAAGCGGCUCCAAGUCAAGCAGCACCCCAAUUGACGAAUAUGGUGUAUUCGGUGAAUAUGUGGCCAUAACCAUACGCAAACUGAAAACGUCCAAAGCCAAAAUUGUUGUCAAACAUUUGAUUAAUAAUCUGCUGUAUGAGGCUGAAUUGGGCAAAUAUGAUCAGGGUAUACCGGCGUGUAAAGAACCACCAGAACUCUAUAAAAUGUGAUAUG